AGCUUAGGGGCGCGGGGCGGCGCAGAGGCAGCGUUGCCGCCGCCGCGGGGAGCGGAGCGGUGCCGGGCUCCGCGCACCGCGCUCCCCCCAGCCCGCCCCGGCCCCGGUUCCCCCGCCCGGCCCGCCAUGGCGGUGGCCGUGGACGAGAGCACCCUGCCCUCCAUCUCCACUUUCGCCAACCUGCUGCCGCUGGAGGAGCGGCCCGCCGACAUGCUCCACAGGAUGCUGCAGCAGGACGGCGCCGCCGCCGUCAAGCGGGAGGAGGACGACCUGGGCAAGUUCGUGGACUUGGACUUCAUCCUGGCGCACACCAGCAGCGGCGGGCAGGGGCCGCCCGGCCCCGGCCCCGGCCCCAACUACCCCCUGCCCGAGACCCCCGAGAGCUGCGGCACCACCUACGACAGCGACGGCUCCUACCCCACGCCGGGCAAGUUCCCGGCGCCUUACCCCGAGGGCCAGGGCCACAGCUACGUGGCCGAGCUGCUCACCCCGGACCUGCCCGGCCCCUGCGACCUGCAACGGAGGGAGUACACGGAGCUGCGGGUGCCCGGCGGCCCCCACCACCCCCAUCACCACCCGGCCCUGGCCCGGCCGCUGCCCCUGGACCCCGCGCAGCCCUUCGGGCCCCGCAUCAAGAAGGAGCCGCCGGAGGAGCGCGCCUGCAUGCUGGGGCUGCCCGCCGCCGCCGAGUACCUGGGGCCGGGCGGCGGCGAGCACAAGCCACGCGUGGCGCCGGGUCCCGGGCCGGGACCGGUGCCGGGGCCGCCGCUGCCCUACCCGGGCUUCGCCCACGGCCGCCUGGGGCCCCCCGAGGAGCCGCUGCCCGGCGCCGACCCCCACCUCCUGGCCGACCUGCCGCCCCACUACGCCGUGGCCCCGCACCGCUACGCGCCCCACUUCGCCCCCCAGCCGCCGCCGCAGUUUCAUGGACACUUCAGUGUUUUCAGGGAGCCCCUGAAGGGGCCGGGGCCGGGCCCGGCGGGGCUGCCCGGGCUGCUGGUCACGCCGCCCAACUCGCCGGUGCUGGAGUACUUCCCGGCCGGGGCCCCCCCCGAGGACUGCAAGCCCAAGCGCGGCCGCCGCUCCUGGGCGCGCAAGCGGACGGCCACGCACAACUGUGAAUACCCGGGCUGCGGCAAGACCUACACCAAGAGCUCCCACCUCAAGGCGCACAUGCGGACCCACACGGGCGAGAAGCCUUACCACUGCACCUGGGAAGGCUGUGGCUGGAAAUUUGCCCGCUCCGACGAGCUGACCCGCCACUACCGCAAGCACACAGGGCACCGGCCCUUCCAGUGCCACCUCUGUGAGCGGGCUUUCUCCCGCUCCGACCACCUCGCCCUCCACAUGAAGCGGCACAUGUGAGCAGUGGGCUGCGGCUGGACUUGAUGUCCCCGGAGCCAGCUCACAGUGUAAAUAGCGUUGGGCUGGGGAUGGCACUGGGGAGCAGCCCGGGCUCCCAGCCCUCUCCGCUUGUAGUUGAUAACUAGUUUUCUCCUCCUGCCCCCGCUGUGAGAGCUGGGCCCAGCCGAGUGUGGGGAAGGGCUGCUUUGGGGCGUAGAUGGGGAGCAAAGCUGCAAGAAGUGUCUCCAGCUCCUGCCCAGGCAUCACCACUCAGCUCCCUGUGCCUGGAGGGUCCCCCCCAGCCAGGUACCUGGUGAGUGGAGGGGGGCUGGUGCAGCAGGGAUCUGUCCCCAGAGCUUUUAUUUGGUAUCAGCUUGACCUUCUCCCCACAAAUCCUGGCACCCCCCUGGCUCCAGGGACUGUGGUGGCUGACUCUGGCCAGGCUUCGGCCGGAGACACGUGCCUGCUGGGUGCAUGGGUCGUGGUGCUGGGAAAUGGGUUGCUGGUCUUCUCGGUUGUGGCCAUCAGAACAAACCUCCUGACCCAAAAGCCCAGAGUGGAUGGGGCAAAGAUGGGACCUGACCUUGUCUUGUGGCUAUAAAGGUUGGCAGGGGUUGGCAGCGCAGCAUCACCUUGCACAGGGAGCGGGGAUGCUCUCGUUGCCAGCUUGGGACCCCGCCGGGCAGUCCGGUCCUGGCCGUUCCCACAGUUUUCUGCUCAGGAGCCUAAAAUGGCUCUCCUGGCUCUCGUCUGCUUUCAUUUGUCUUGUUCUUCCCCUCAGGAUGACACCAGGUACUGCUGCAGCUGCCUUCCCCAUGCUGCUUUUUUUAAAUUUAGUGUGUAAAGGACAGUGAGUCCAGCUAUGAAUGCCCAGGUCUCUGCUAUACUUGAAACUUUCGUAGAGGGAAAAAAAGAAAAAACUCAAAAGAAAAUGAGUCUUUUUAUGUGCAGCUUCUGCAAAGCAAGUUGUAAAUUAAACAAAGCAGUAAUAUAUAAUGUUUCUGUUUUUUAAUAUAUUUUUUUUCUUCCAGCUGGGAACACAGAUGAGUCUCGGCUUUGGGAAGUGCACUGUUCCCGUCUGUGUAUAUUGUUAAUUAACAUUUCUCUGCUUGGGCACGUUAGGUCUCUCGCACUCCGAAAUGUUACUUUUCUUUAUAUGCAAACUGUUGAAAUAUUGUGAUCUGCUGUAUAAUAAAUAAACAAGAUGUAAACAUGAAA